AUGCUAUCGUCCACAUCUACGUUUACGACAAUAUUAACGUCAACGUCGACAUUAACAACUACUCUUACCAAGAAGCCUGGAUGGUCGAUUGCUGGUAAUAUGAGUGCUGUACGAUACCAACACACUGUCUCUUUACUGGAAAACGGAAAAGUACUAGUGGUCGGAGGAAUUCAAAAUUCUUCUAUUCUUGAUGUUACUGAACUGUACGAUCCAGUCGCACAACGCUGGAUAACGACGGGUGUUAUGAAUGAUAUGCGCCAUGCCCACAUAGCAGUCGUAUUAAGAAAUGGCAAGGUACUGGUGGCUGGUGGAUUUAAUGGUAGCGAUUUUUUAAAUACUGCAGAAUUGUAUGAUCCAUUGACAGGAAUAUGGACGAUGACUGGUAGUAUGAAAAAUGCACGAAAUUACGCUGCAGGAUCGAUUUUACCUAAUGGAAAAGUACUGAUCAGUGGAGGAUAUGAUGGUGACAAUAUUUUAGAUACUGCAGAAAUAUACGAUCCAUCAAUUGAAGCUUGGACCAUUACUGGUAAUAUGAAUAAUGCACGAGACGGACAUACGACUUCUUUAUUGUCGAAUGGAAAAGUAUUAGUUACCGGUGGAUUUGCUAAGCAUGUAUUCGAAAAUACUGCUGAGUUGUAUGAUUUUACAACAGAAAAGUGGACACAGAUUAGUAGCAUGAAAGAUGGACGAGAUGGGCAUACAGCAACACUGUUAUCGAAUGGAGAGGUCCUAGUUAUUGGUGGAUAUUAUGGCAGUAAAAUAUACAGUGGUGUGGAAUUAUAUAAUUCAUCAAGUGGUUAUUGGAAAUCGGUUAGUAAUAUGCAUUAUGGAAGAAGGAAUCAUGAAACGGUCUUAUUAAACAAUGGCAAAGUAUUAGUUAGUGGAGGAUCGAACGGUACCAUAGCUAUAAAAAGUGUGGAACUAUAUGAUCCUUCUACAAAUGUAUGGACAAUUAUUCACGAUAUGAAUUAUAAACGAGAAUACUAUGCAGCGUGUUUGCUUCCUAAUGGAAAUGUCUUAGUGGUUGGCGGAUUUGAUGGCAGCCAUGAGUUAAGUAGUACUGAGGUAUAUACUCCAUAA